AUGGUUGGUUCCUCGAGCAAGUCAGCAGCAGCAGCAGUAAUGCGAGCAACGAGUGCAGCAGCAACUGCAUGCCGAAAUCGAUUCACCAUCAACCCCGGAUAUGAAUCCACUAUCCAAAACCUUAGAAUUGGUGCACACACAAAAGUGAUUUGCCAGGGCACUGGUAAACAGGGUACAGCACAAAUGCAAGAAGCUAUCAAAUUCGGAACUCGAUUUGUUGGUAGCGUUUCUGCACGUAAAGCAGGCCAAGUACAUCUUGAGCAACCGGUGUUUGGAUCUGUUCGGGAGGCGGCUGAAAAGAUCCAACCUGAUGCAACGGUCGUUUAUGUGCCAUUGGCUGGUGCAGCAGACGCCUUUCUGGAAGCAAUCGAAGCCGAGAUCCCCCUUAUUGUUUCAGUCACUGAAGGCAUCCCUUUUCUCGAUAUGGCACGCGUUAGAGCUGCUUUAGAAAGUCAAGACAAAUCACGCUUGGUAGGUCCCAAUUCACCUGGUAUUGUAUCUCCCGUUGGCCAAUGCAAAAUUGGCAUCAUGCCGAAUCGUAUCUAUACACCCGGUCGCAUUGGCGUUGUCUCUCGUUCAGGUACAUUAUCCUAUGAAGCUGUCCAACAACUCACAAAACUUGGCAUGGGUCAAUCCCUUUGUGUGGGCGUUGGUGGUGAUCCCAUUAAUGGUACAAGCUUUGUUGAUGCACUCAAGAUCUUUUUGGAUGAUGAGACAACGGAUGGCAUUGUGAUGAUUGGAGAAAUUGGAGGCUCUGGUGAAGAAGAUGCAGCUGAAUUCCUCAAGCAGUAUAACUUUUCACAAGAGAACCCGAAACCUGUUGUCUCGUUCAUUGCUGGUGUAACUGCACCUCCUGAUCGACGCAUGGGUCAUGCUGGUGCCAUUGUAUCAUCUUUGGGCAAAGGGAAUGCUCCUGAUAAGAUCAAGGCAUUAAGAGAUGCUGGUGUAGUUGUUGUCAAUGCCCUACCCCAAGUAGGACUCGCUUUGCAGCAGGCAAGUAGUACAUAG